AUGUUGGAUUCCACUUAUUCCAGCUUUAAUGCUGCAUCUGGGCUACUCAUGAGCCCGAUUGAACCGUCCCGUGGAUCAUCCUCAACAAGCCCCAGCUCAGCUACGACUUCAUAUGCUUAUACAUCACUUUCAAAUUCUAUACCGAAUACGGCGACUUCAACCGAAGGGUUUUCGACGCAAUCGUCCUACUCCCAUCCUACAAACUUGCGGUGGAACGAUAGAAUGGGAGACUUGAGAGUCCAACGGGUACCUGCGCUACAGCCUCCGUCGGGUAUGUCACCACCCUUGCAAUCACAGGGCACUGUGGUUCCAGUGUCAACCGGGUUGAUGACAAGGACCGAUCCGUAUUCGAUGUCAUACUCCAUAAACCGGAACUCAUACGGCACUCCGCACCAGACUAUGAACGAUAUAUCACGUUAUUCCCAAUACCCUUCUACGCGGACAAUGGGCGUCCACGCAAAUAGUUCCUCGAUUUAUAACCAUCUGAUGGACACCUCAUCUCGGGCUUCUCAAUCAAGCCCAGAAGCUCCCCCAUUCAACGAAACAAACGUGCUUCAUUCCGUUUUUACAAAUAGCCACCAAACAAUCAAUCCGGAAAUCCAAGCGAAGAUACAUAAGGGGUUCUUUCAGGUGGAUGACAAGUGGACAUGCUAUCGUCGCAACUACUUUUCUGUAUCCUGCUCGUUCUCGCUACGCCCCUGGACUCCAAAUUCUCCAUUAUAUGUCCAACUUCCCAACAGCAACCCGCAGAGCGUUCGGUCGUUUGCAAUGUCAAUAUCUGCGGUCGUGAAUGCACAAGAGAAUGAAACCCGAGAACUUGUCCAACAUACGCCAAAACGAGACAAACAAUCAGAAAAAAAGCCGGGAAGGAUAACUUUGCACCCGCAGCAUCCACCGUCUCUCGCUAUGGUCCAUCCACCGUCGCUUGGUGGUAAUCAUAUAUCGUUCGCCGCGCCACCGCACACUUCAAGUCUACCAUUAGAUUAUGGACAAACCUUCGGAGCAGCUCCGCAGGUAUCACAGCCCCCCUCUUCCCAUACAUUUGAACGUAUCCAGUUUCAAAAAGCAACAGCAAACAAUGGCAAACGCCGUGCGCAACAACAGUAUUACAAUCUGGUUGUGGAGCUCUACGCCGAAAUCCCCAUGCCAAAUGGUGUUGAUCUUCAGUGGGUCUUGAUCGCUAAAAGAUUAUCCCAUCCGAUGGUGGUUCGUGGUCGGUCACCGGGCCAUUAUAAAGAUGGUCGGCGAGACAGCUCAGCAAGUAUGGGGCCAGACGGCGGUACUGGAAGCUCAGGAGAUGGCAACGGAGGGGGUUGCUUACCUCCAGGAAUCGGCCACGGCCCACGCGCCCAUCUUUCAUUAAUGUCACACUACAGCGGUAGUCACCGCCCUCCUGCUUCGUAUAACUACCACCGGCUAUCAUCUACAGACCACUCUCCUUUAACCACAAGCCCUCUUAUAUCGUCGUCGUCGUCGUCGCCUGAUUAUAACAGCUAUACCAUGAUGAACGGUUCGAUGGAUCCAUUAGAGACGAUCAAGGACACCACAACCGCAGGCGCUUAUGGUGACCCAACGUUUACAACUGCUUCACCAGAUUCAAGAAAAAUAUGCAUCGAACCGUCUAACUUACGCCUACAUAUGCCAAGCUACGAUGACGACGCCACCGUAAAGACACAGGAGGAUCACGACAGUACGUACAACACAGCCUUCGAUCCAAUGAUCCCGGCUUUACAAAAUGAGCACGAUGGCUCAAGUCAAUAUCUCAAACGGCACGGUAUUACCAGCUAUUUGAAUAACGCUUCAGGUCCCAGAUUUGGUGGAUCCUAUGCCAGUCGUUCCGGAGAUAAUUCUUACGGCCGCCUCGACCCGAUCCAAAAUCCCCAGAGUCUCUGUUCUUGA